CAGCUGCAUAUGAAGCAGCACACUAUCGCUUUAGUGGGGAAGAAGAAGAAGAAGAAGAAGAAGAAGAAGAAGAAGAGAGGGAAGAGGAGUGAGCAUUUAUUGCCAGAGAGAGAGACAAAGGAAGAAGAACAAGAUGAUUUAAAUGCAUCUCCUCGAAGCUUCAAUAACAACGAGGAAGAGCAGCUCUGCAGCCUUCAGCAUCAUCAGCAUCACUUUCUGCUUUGGUCAGUCGGAGGAAAACUUUACGCAGCUUUAGGGAUUUUAUUUGAUCAGAUUAAAGGAGGAUUUCAGUGAAACUGAGACACAAAGAUGAACCAAACUGCGUCCGUCUCUCAUCAGAUUGAGUGUCAGCCAAUCAAGGAUUCCAAGGAGUUUGUGGACGUCAGCCCCCCACAGAGGAACUGGAAGGGCAUCGCCAUCUCUCUGCUGGUGAUCGUGGUGGUCUGCUCGCUCAUCACCAUGUCGGUGGUCGUCCUCACACCUGCGGAGCUCCCCAGCAGCGGCCAGUCCAGGAUGACUGUGGCGGAUCUGUACAAACCAGAGUUCAGCGUCCACGACCCCGAGGCCAAGUGGAUCAGUGAUUCAGAGGUGGUGUACAGGAACCGAGACGGUCACGUCAUCAAGUUCAACUUCGCCUCUAACGAGACGGAAGUCAUUCUGACCAACAGCACGUUUGUGGCCUUCAAAGUGGUGAAGUACUCGCUCUCUGCAGAUCUGAAGUAUGCGCUCUUCGCUUACGAUGUCAAACAGAUGUACAGAUAUUCGUACACGGCAUCGUACAUCGUUUACAACAUCUACACCAGGGAGGUCUGGGAGCUAAACCCUCCGGAGGUUCACAACGCGGUGCUCCAACAUGCAGCUUGGGGAAGACAAGGACAACAGCUGGUCUACAUCUUUGAGAAUAACAUCUACUACCAGUCAGAUGUGAAGAGUAACUCUCUGAGAAUCACCUCCUCUGGGAUGGAGGGAGUCAUCUUCAACGGGCUGGCUGACUGGUUGUACGAAGAGGAGAUUCUGCGUUGUCACUUGGCUCACUGGUGGUCGCCUGACGGAGAGCGACUGGCUUUCCUCACCAUCAACGACUCCCUGGUUCCCAACAUGCUCCUGCCCCAGUUCACCGGCAACGCCUACCCCAGAGGACUGCAGUACCCAUAUCCUAUGGCCGGUCAGAAAAACCCUUCCGUCAAGUUGUCGGUGGUCAACCUGUUCGGAGCGACACACACUCAAGAACUGCAGCCUCCUGAUCAGCUCAGGCUCAGGGAUUUCUACGUCACCAUGGUCAAGUGGAUCAGUAAUACUCACCUGGCAGUGCGGUGGAUCAACCGGCCCCAGAAUGCAUCACUGCUGACGGUGUGUGACGCCACCAUCGGAGUCUGCCUGCAGAGACAUGGGGACUCUUCAGCGACGUGGCUCUCCAUGCAGAGACAGGAGCCGCUGUUCUCCAAGGACAGGAGCAGGUUUUUUCUCUCUCUGCCCGUGAAACAAGGAGGUCAGGGAGACUUCCACCACGUCACCAUGUUCUCCAAAAAGUUACGAAGUGACCAGGACGAAGUUCGACACUUGACGUCAGGAGACUGGGAGGUGACAAAGAUCUUAGCUUACGAUGAAAACAACCAGAUCAUAUACUUUCUGAGCACGGAGGACGGUGCACAACAAAGACAUGUAUACAGUGUGUCCACUCUCGGCCUGUUUCCACGACGCUGCCUCACCUGUGGACUGAAGGAGGACUGUUCGUUCUUUGACGCUGACGUCAACCCCAAUGCACAGCACGCCGUCCUGCACUGCAAAGGGCCUGGAGUUCCAGCUGUGCUGCUUCUAAGUUUGGACGAUGUGGACUCGUAUUUCAUCUUGGAGAACAACCUCCCUCUGCGGUCGGCGCUGGAGACUAAAAAGAGGAUUCAGACGGAAAUCCGGAUGAUCACUAAUGAUGAUUUUGAGCUGCCUCUGAAGCUCCUCUAUCCUGCCGGCUUCUCUGAGUCCUACCUCUACGGCCUUCUCCUUAUUGUCGUUAGUUCUCUGGGCGAGCAGGCGGUGACGGAGGAGUUCAGGCUGGACUGGGACUCGGUGCUGGUGGGAUCAGAGCAGGUCAUCGUAGCGCAACUGGACGGCAGAGGGUCAGGCUUCAGUGGUCAAAGGGUUUUACAGCAGGUCCAUCGGAGGCUCGGCACAGUGGACGCAGAGGACCAGAUAGCAGCUCUGGAAUACCUGGCGAAGCUGCCGUUCAUCGAUGGCGCUCGUGUGGGAGUUUACGGAGAGGACUACGGCGGCUUCCUCACUCUGACGAUGCUGAAGUCGACUGAGAAGCUGAUCGGAUGUGCAGCAGCUCGGGCUCCCGUCACCGACUGGUCCAUUUACGCGUCUGCGUUUUCGGAGCGAUACCUCGGAUCACCUUCAACUGAGGAGAACGCCUACCAAGCAUCCAAAGUCCUGACCAACAUGAAAGGUCUGCAGGGAGGAACUCUGUUUCUGGCUCACGGCACAGCGGACGCAAACGUUCACUUUCAGCACUCUGCAGAGCUCAUCAAACACUUGAUAAAGAUCGGAGCCAACUAUACUAUGCAGAUCUACCCAGACGAGGGACACUUCCUGUCAACGCGUAGCCGGAUUCAGCUGACUCAGUCCCUACUUGGUUAUUUUAGAGGAUGUCUGAUGGACACGUCAUUACUCGACCAACACAAACGCGACGACGAGUGAGAGGCAACGUGGUUAUUAUUGCUGGACCUUGUGUGUUAUGAGUGUACGUGCCCCUGGUAGACUUGAGUGUGCGUGUUUUAUACCUGUAGCACAACGUGUGAUGGACAAAACAAGCUUCUCCUCAACAUAUCAGACAUGCUUUCUAUCGCCUCAGUAGAAUACAGCGCCUGCAGUCAGCAAGUAUCAUGAGGUCAGUACGUGAAAUAUUUCACUGAGCAGAGAAAAUGUUACAUUUCUGUUUAAAAUGUGUGGGAUGUUUGGAGGAGGUGGUGUUAAAAUGUGUCCUUUUGAAGCCAAAACACUCUCUAAAGCAUAACUUAUGAAAUUAGCACAAAUUCUGGCCUUAUUAUAUGCUAUCUUCAUGCCAUGUAAAGGUGGGAUAACAGCAGGUUUUAACAAGUAUAGUAAUUCAUAAGCUGUAGAUUGGACAAAACCCUCCAACAUGUAUAUUUAAUAAUUCUCCUUCUCUCCAGUAUUUUCUUUUGUUCCCUAGUAAAGGUUUUUAUAUCUAUUAUGUACCAAGCUCUCUCUAAACAUUAUGCGUUUUUUUGUUUUGAUGUUAGGGUUAGAGAGAGAGAGAGAGAGAGAGAGAGAGAGAGAGACUUAUCUGAAGGUGAUUCACUUUCACAGGGAAACAUUUGUAAUCAACUGAAAAGCAGAAACCGAGAGACUUUCUAACCAGUUUGUCAGUAAAGUGUUGGCAGCUUAGCUGUUUUACAAAUCUGGUUACAGAUUUUGUGACGUCAUUAAGCUUUUAAUUAGACCGCAAUAGUGCUAAACGUAUGUAUUUAUUACAUGAGAUUUGUUUUUAUUUCUAUUAGUUUACCAUUUCACAUCACCUUUUCUUUUUUUAAAGAUUUAGCUUAAAGGGGCGAUGAGUGAAAUGUUGUCCCGCAGCACAAAGAAGCCGCUUCCUAUCUGCAGUAGCUCUGUGAGGUGUUGAAUGCUCACACAGUUUAUUGCAGUUGUUACAUGAUGUACUGUGUAACCUUAUCGCGAAGAGUUUGCAUUGAAUUUCGGCUGUAAUGUAGCCGUGUCUCGUGCAAAUGUCAGUUCAUUUUUUAGUAGUUGCAGGGUCCUUUUUGCUCUUUUUUUAUUAUUAUAUACUUUCUACUGGUUGCCAAAAUGGUUUUAAACCACUUAAUGUUACUUUUUAAAUGUGUUCUGGAUGAACUGUAUAAAGUGUUAUUUCUCUAAUGCAUUUCCAGCUGCUUAAGGUGUCAUCAGUGUUGCAUAACAAGCGUGCGCUCUUCACUGAUUAUGUACAGAGAAUAACUGUCGGGGCAUUCAUCGCAGUGGUGGGUGUGUGUGUGUGUGUGUGAAGAAACCUGCUGUCUGUGCUUUGUAACAUUUGAUGCCAUAGAGUCCAAUUUAAGGAAACGGUGUGUGAAGUCAUUGUUAUUGUUUUGAUCUGGGUUUCUACUUUGACUUUUAUUUAUUUUUUUCUGGGUGGGGGGGUGUCAGUUGGUGAGGGUUGAAUAGAAAAAAAGCUUAUUGUAUUUUUUUUUUGCUGUUUUUAAUAUUAAAGAACAAUGAAUGAGA